GAUGUUUGUGCUGUCUUAUCUCAAUCCCAAUAUUCGGGGGCUUUGAAAAAUAUUUUACUCUGCCCAACAUUCUUCCUGUAGAUUGUGGGGGCAGCUAGAGCAAAGCCCAGGCAGAUAUGAAAUGUCUGGUUUAAAAGGUAAAACUGGAUUGUUCCCUCACUGUGCUGCCUCUCCUGGCCUAUCAUUGAGACUUGGCGGUGCGAAUUUCAAUAUCGUAUGUGUAACACUGAAAUCAGCACGGUAUUCCUUCAUUAGCAGAUCAGGCAUCUGAUCUUUCACUGCAGCUGAGUCCUGUCAGAAAAGUCAGCUUAAGCCCAGAUUCAAAGGAUGAAGAGGAAGAGGAGGAAUUACCUAGCAUCCUCUUGUAUAAAGAGCCUUGUUCUUUCGAAGUGGGGAUGCUGGUUUGGAGCAAGCUCCCAAGAUACCCAUAUUGGCCAGCUGUGGUGAAAAAGGUAAAUCGGAAAGCUAAGAAAGCCAGUGUGCUGCUCAUAGAGAAAUGCAUGGACGCCAAGAAAUCCAAGGGGUUCUCCACGUCCCUGAAAAGCCUAAAGCACUUUGACUGCAAAGAGAAACAGAUGCUGAUAGACAAAGCCAGAGAGGGCUAUAAUCAUGACAUCAACUGGUGCAUCAGCUUGAUUGCGGAUUACAGAAUUAGAGUAGGUUGCCACUCAUUUGUGGGGUCCUUCUUGGAAUACUGUGCUGAUGAUAUGAGCUAUCCAGUUCGAAAAGCCCAUAACUUGUCCCAGAUGAACUUUCCCCAGAUGGAGGAGUUGGACAGCGAGGGAUUUCUCACCAAGACACCCCCAAAGCAGGCCAAGAAAAUUCUCCCUGACCGGACACGGGCAGCCAGAGACCGAGCGAACAAGCGGAUUGUGGAGUUCAUUGUGAAUGCCAAAGGAGCUGAUGAGCACCUUCGCUCCAUUCUGAAGAGCAAGAAACAGUCGCGCUGGCUGAGAAAGUCCCUCGAAACACCCCAGUAUUUGAUCCUCGAGACCUACCUGGAGGAUGAUUAUCAGCAGGAUCUUGUGCUCAACUACUUAAAGAAAGUUUACCAGGAAGUGGGAGCCAAGAAGCUGCCGCUUAAAAACAGGGACAGUGCCAAAAUUGUCCUGGAAGUCCUCUUUCCAGAAGCCAUCAUCUAUGCAAUAUCUGCUGUGGAUCAGGUUGACUACAAGACAGCAGAAGAAAAGUACAUCAAGGGACCACCAGUGAGCCAAAGGGAGAGAGACCAAUUUGAACAAGAAAUUCAAGAGGAGAAGCAAAAACGGGACCAACAAAGCAAGGAGCUGUUUGCAGAAGAUGAACCCUGAAGUUUUCUUUCCGUCCAUUUAGGGAGUGGGUCUGUAAGGAGACUAAACACCAUGGUUUUGUACAGAGUAUUAAGUUUAUUUUUUUAACAUAUAGAUGAGUAUGACAUAGAUAUCUAUGAAAUAUGCUUUGGGAGGAAUAGAUAAUUCCUGCUGUAUCGUUUCCUCUCCCCCCCCCCUUCAUUUAGAAGAAACUGAAUUUCAUUUGGCCUGGCAAAAGAAAUCUCAGCUACAUAGAGAGCUGCCUCCAGUUUAAAAGACACUUUGAAAUGUAUAUUAACGGAUAGUGGCUCUUAAUAGACUUGAUUGUGGUUUGAGCUGGGAUUUAUUUUCCUUAAGGAAUACAUGAUCAGAUUGUUUGGCCCACUGUUGCCUCUGAACGGCCUUUGAAACAGCUCCCGUACCUAUUUCACCAGAAGCAAAAGCAACAGGCAUGUACAUACUGCAAACUCUGCUCUCUCCCUUUCUUCAGCUAUUGGGGGUAGCUGGGAUUCAUUCAGUCUGUACUGAGGCUGAAUUGUAGGGCUGUGCAUACUUCCAGACUCAUUCAGAAGGGCUUUGGGACUUGGGCGAGUGCAGCCUCUCUCUACUGCUCAUUAAAGCAGCUGCAUCCUUUUUUCAGGCUUCUGCACAAGCCUGAAAAAAGAUACGGUUCCUUUUAUGAGUUGGUUCAUGAAGUCAGCCGCAUCCUAAUGCAGCUCUUAAAGAUGCCACAUGUUUCAGGCUGGCAUAGAAGCCUGGGAAAAAAUAUACAUUGCUUUAGUGAGCAGCAGGAAGCUGCUGCCCUCACCAGUGUCUGAAGCACCUCUGAUUCAUUUUUGAAGUGUGCGCAUAGCAAUGUACAAAAUGUUAUGAAUUCAAACUUUUUUGAGCCUAGAACAUGCGUUUUGAGGUCAGAAAACCCCGUUUUAGUCCAGAACAGCUGUUUCAGUCUUACAGAAGUGUACUGAUACUUUUCCAACCUCAGAACAGUCUCAUUUCAAGCUUGGAGUAUUGAGUGAUGGUUAGGAUAGCCUUUUUUGAUCUCAUAUGUUUUGCGUAUCCUUAAUUCUGAACUGUGCUGUCUAAAAAAUACAAUAUCUGUGCAUAUACAUUGUUGUCUAAAAUCAAUUGCUCUUCACUUUUAUACAUCUGCUUACAUCAUCAACCAAGAGAUUCUGCAACACAACAUUUAUCCUACCGUAUAGUAUUUUCUUGUAAUUCUGUGUUGAUUUGGGGUGUGUGUGUGUGUGUGUGUGUGUGUGUGUGAAUGCUGAUGAAAUUCAGUGAUCUCCAUUUUUAUUGACUGUUCCAUGCACCCACAUUCUUAUGACCUCUCACUCUGCAACUUGGAAUUUUUUUUUAAUUUUGGAAAAAAAUAAACUAGCUUCCAAUGCUUCA